AUGAUCGAUACACAGGAGCACCCACGCAUUCUCGACACUGUGCUACUCCUGGCCCCGCGCGACGCGCUGAUCGCGUUGCGCGGUACAUCCAUGGCCGUGCGUGACCACGCUGACACCCUGCUUGGGCGCCACUUGUUUCUCGUCGAUGGGCCCGGCAAGGCGGAACCCAAGAAUAUCCUCACACCACACCUUCGCCACCCUGCCUUCAUGCCUCGUGAGGGUGGAGACUGGCUCGCGAUACCCACCGCGACCCAGCUCCAGGCAGCUGUCGAUCCGUCAAGUCUACCCAUACCGCUGAGCAGGAUGCCUCCAACGCUUGCGGCCAGGUAUACAAUGCCCCCCGCGGUGCACGCAGAUGUCCUUGCCCAGCGAGAGCGGUGCCUUGGCAUUCUUGGUUCGACAAAAAUUGUGGACUACAUGGCCAGAUUCCAGGGCCAGUCAUUCACGGUCCUCGACCAGCGCUUCCCACACCUGAACGCAUACCGUUGCUUCCCCAACGAGGAUGGUGGGUAUGGCGGACUUGGACGGACGCGCAUCGUUGCGCGGACCUUUGUCGUCUUUCAUCACCCGUACAAUAUCCAGGGCAACGGCUAUGGUCAUCUCUACUACUCUGGCGCGGUCCACGACCCAACGUACUCGGAAGGAGGUCGGCCAGAGCCACCCGACCAAGCUGUCAAGACAGUCUAUCACAUCUUUCACAGUGACAAGCCCUACGCCGGGUGUUUCUCUUGGUCCCAUCAAUACAACGAGGGAAAGAACGUGCGCGACGUUGUCUUCGUCUUCUCCCCCGCGCUGGACACUUGGCCAAUUCCAGACGUGGACAGACAAGAGGAGAUGAUACCCGAGCUCCGUGGCGCGACUCUCCCUUUCCUCGGCGACCGGGCGCGCGACCGGCGAAGAGUGGGUGAUCUCAUUGCACAGCUCGAGUACGCACUUCGCAAUGGCCAGAGGGCUACCGUCGUUGGACUGAAGACUACCCCGCCGGAAUACUUGGGCUACAGGAAUGGCGAAACGGACAUUGUAUCGGACAUCAAAGCGUGUCUUGCCUACCAACUACUCAAGGCGUACUUGUUGGACAUGUGGAUGGACACAAGAAGCCCACGACAACAACGUGGGUUGCCAAACCCGCCGGGUACAUUGUGGGACAUGGUCAAGCACGACAUGCUGGGCCUGCGGUUCAUCACAAGGGAAGCGUACGCGUCCGAACUGUCCUUCCUCGACCUCCAGAGCGAGGGGACGAUGCCUACGGAUACGGGUGUGCGAUACCUCUUGCCUCUUCCUCAGUCUGCUUGUAUUCCACCACCCACGACAAUCACCCCAUUACCCGCGCGCCGCAGCAGCCGGUUUACCACCCAUCUCACGCUCGCCUCGUUCCCCCACAUCUUCGACAUGAUCUUCUCCUUCGCCGAUGCCCCUACGCUGGUCGCGCUGCGGUCGACCUGUCGCACCGCCAAGUCAACCAUCGACACCUUGUUCCAACACCUCGUUCUUGUUCCCGACCGCGAGAACAUUCUCAAGAUGCGCAUUCACAAUCCCCUGGGCCCCGUUCCAGGCUUUGACGCAAUCUCCAUCCGCCCGGCGCCAAACCCCAGCGACAUUGAGAAUUACGACGACGAACCACUGUUCUUUGACGGGCCGUACGAACUGUAUUUCGGCUGGGGCCUGGACGUUCCGCCUUCUGCCCAGCUUUUGCAGUCGCGCAAACUCCUCCUUUCCCAGUGUCGAGUGUUUGACUUUGCCGAUCCGCUCGUCCAGCACAUGGGGCCCAUGGCGCUCGGUAUGGUAAACGUCCAGGUCGUGCGUAUGAACGAAGGGUAUCUGAACAGCGGCCGAUAUCCCGUCCCCGGACCGACGUUUGUGGUGUACACGACCCCACGCUCGCCCAUUCGUUCCUCGUGGAGUCCCUCUGUCCAGCGGGAUAUCGAUACGCCAGCACUGUGUACCCGCGCCGUCUUCCAUGUGUUGCACGCUGUGGAUCAGCCCAACUGCGGGUUCCCUACCAUGCGUCACCCAGUUGACGACGCUGCGCUGGUGUUCACGCCGUUCCAAGACUCGAUGCAUCCGCUGGAUUACAACGGCCCCACAGAGGUGGACACCACGUUGCCUCCAUUCUCGCCGACGCGGCGCCACACACGACUGGUCGAGUUGCUUAUCGGAAUGGCUGGCGGCAGCAUGGGCCAGGCGGUGCUGAAGAACCGUGGCCUUGAGGAUGUACGCAUUACAUGUGUCAACUUGCACACUGUCCCUCCUCAAUGGCUGGGUCUCGGCCCGACAACGUCUGUGGCCGACAUGUGGUCCUCCAUCGUGGCGCCCGUUCGAGCCAGGUUUUCCACAGCCGUCCAGCAGUGUCUCCAACGCGACCCUGCGUUCCCGCUGUGGAUGGAGAGGAUCGGAGCCACUGCCGAGUCGCUUGUGGAAUGCGUCAUGGGGAACAUGCAGAGUAUCACGGGAGAAGAGUAUCUCGCUCGAGGGUGUGUGACGGACGAGGCGUGUUGGAUCGAGCUCGUACCAGGCAAAAAGCACCGGUUGCUGCCAAGUGCGCAAGGUGUGGCCGCCGGUGAGCCAGGUGUGCCUGUGGCGGCGCCUGCAGCACUUGGACUCCGGUGCCCCCACUGUACGUUCACAAAUGCUGCAACCGGUGGAGAAGACUGUAAAAUGUGUGGGCUGCCGCUGUCGGUGCUCCCCUCGUCAAUGGCCUAA